AUGAACGUUCCGUGGAUUCUCUUUCUGCUCGGCUUGGGGGUUCUCUCUUCCUACGCAGGAGCUGAUGGUGUUGAGGCCACAGGGGAGGAGCCUGAGGAAACCACGCUACCUGACAUUGAAGAGGAGGGCAAUGUGCUAAUCCUCAAGAAAAGCAAUUUUGAUAGGGCCCUGGAGGAGAACAGGUACCUGCUGGUGGAGUUCUAUGUCGCUUUAUCUGGGCCCUCUCAGACCUUGGCUGCGGAGUUUGCCAGAGCUGCCGAAGAGCUCAAAAGCUCCGCCGUGGACAUCCGCCUUGGCAAAGUGGACGUGACGGAGCAGAAGGAUUUCAAAAAGGAAUUCGACAUCCAGGACUUUCCGACGCUGAAGUUCUUCGUGGACGGCGAUCGGAGCAAACCCGUUGACUGCAAAGGAGUUAGAGCGGCCUCUGCCUUUGUCACAUGGGUGAGACGAAGAAUCGGAUCCUGCACGGCAUACCUGAACAGUACAGAGCAGGCCGAGGCCUUCCUUGACCCGGAAGGUUUGGCUGUGAUUGGGUUUUUGAAGAGCCCUCAAGGAAGGGCAGGGGAGAUCUUCUGCAACUCCGCAAGGAGCACCCCUGAGCUCCCUUUCGGGACGGCAGCCAGCGACGAAGUUUUUGCGCACUUCGGCAUCAGAGAGGACAUGAUCGUCAUCUUCCAAAAGGGGAAACCUGUUUAUAACGAGGUGGUGGAAGAAGGCAAGCUGAAUGACGUGGAGCUGACGCGGUUAAUUAAAACCUUCACCAUGGAUUUAGUGACGGAAUAUAACCAGGAGACAUCUGUGAAGAUUUUUGAUGUUCCUGUGGAAAAUCACAUCCUUUUAUUCAUCCCCAAGAGUUCGAGUGUGUUCAACGAGGCGUACGAAGAGUUUAAGUCUGUUGCCCUAGAAUUCCGGGGGAAGAUCAUAUUCAUAGUGGUGGAUACCGAUGAGAGCAGAAAUGGCCGGGUGAUCGAAUACUUCCAGGUCAUCGAGAUCGAGGUCCCUGCUGUGCAGAUCCUGAACCUGACCAGCGAUGCCCGGUACAAGAUGCCGGCAGAGAGGGUGACUGGGAGGAACCUUCGGAGCUUCUGCCAGAGCUACUUGGAAGGGACAGCCAAGCGACAUCUGUCCAGUGAGGAGAUUCCAGAAGGCUGGGACCAGAAGCCAGUGAAAGACCUGGUUGGGAAGAACUUUGAUCGGGUCGUCUUCAAUGAGAAGAACCACGUCUUUGUCAUGUUCUACGCUCCUUGGUCCGAGGCCUGCCAGGAAGUGCUCCCGGUCUGGGGAGAGCUGGGCAAGAUGUACGAAAACCGGAAAAACAUCGUCAUUGCCAAGAUAGACUACACGGCAAACAACGUCCACUUGCUGAACCUGGAGCGUUACCCGUUCUUCAGAUACUUCCCUGUUGGAUCGACAACCCGGGUGGAGCCCUACAAAGGAGAGCCCACCCUUGAUGCUUUCGCCAACUUUUUAGAAGAACAGAUCCAGGCGGAGAAGAAGGUGUCGUCAAAGACUAAGAAAAAAUAUGCUGUGAAGAAAGGGGCGAAAAUCACCAAGAAGGAAGAACUGUAG